AAAAAAAAAAAAAAAAGGUUAAAGUUGAGCUAAAGUUGUAUAAGGGUUAAUUAUGCCAUUAUAAAGUGAUAGUGCAUUAAUGACUUUAAGAACUGUUUUGUUAUUUUUUUUAAAAGAAAAAAAAAAUAAGUAGAGUGUAAUGUGAAAAAAUUGGAGUUCAAAUAUGUCCUCUCAAUAUAAUAUACUAUUAUAAUAUGGAGUAUUAUUUUUUCAGCCCUUAGUGAUAAUAAUAUAUUAUUAUAAUAGGAGUAUUAUUUGUUCAGCCCUUGGUAAUACCCUAAAAAUACAGCAGCCCACGGAUACGGAUGGUUUGCCAGCCUCAAAAGUAGCAGUAAUGUAACUCAAUGCAAACCAUUGGCGCCCACUCUUUCUUCUGUCAAAAGAGAACUCUGUUUGACAUUCUUUUCUCGGUCCCUCUCCAUCUCUCUCUCUAUAUAUAUACUGAUAUAUAAUGCCUUUAUACGAAUGGGUUCUCUCUGGUUUUGAGGAUUACAACGAGAAUGGUCAGAUCGGCUGGAAAACACACUAUCACAAAAUUCACCCUUCUAUUAUCAUUAGCUGGAUUUCUUGGGGUCGCUUUGAUUCUAGAUUUUUUUUGGGUUUCAUCUCCUCCUGCAUAUUUAUCAGUUGCUUCAAAUUGGGCUCGUGAGCAAUCUCAUAUCAUAGUAGUACCAAAUGUCACCAACAUAACUGAAAAGAGUGUAGAUUUUAAAGAUAAGAACCGCGUUCGUGAGAGAUUAUUGUCAGCAACUUAUGCUGAUUUGCCUGCACCGGAAUUGCAAUGGGAGGAGAUGGCACCGGCGCCAGUGCCACGUUUGGAUGGCUCGGCUGUACAGAUUAAAAACCUCCUUUAUGUGUUCUCAGGAUAUGGUACCCUUGAUUAUGUGCACUCCCAUGUUGAUGUUUACAAUUUCACUGAUAAUUCUUGGGGUGUAAGAUUUGAUGUGCCAAAAGAAAUGGCGCAUUCCCAUCUAGGGAUGGCCACAGAUGGGAGGUACAUAUAUGUGGUCUCAGGACAAUAUGGUCCCCAAUGCAGAGGUCCUAUAGCUCGCACGUUUGUGCUGGAUACCGAGACAAUAACAUGGCAGAGCAUGCCUCAGUUACCGGCCCCCAGGUAUGCUCCUGCAACUCAACUUUGGAGAGGCAGACUCCAUGUUAUGGGCGGAAGCAAGGAGAAUCGCCAUACACCUGGACUAGAGCACUGGAGUCUUGCAGUAAAGAACGGGAAAGCAUUAGAAGAAAAAUGGCGGACUGAAUUACCCAUUCCCCGUGGUGGACCACACAGGGCUUGUGUAGUGGUUGAUGAUCGGCUUUAUGUUAUUGGAGGUCAAGAGGGCGAUUUCAUGGCCAAACCUGGGUCACCUAUCUUCAAGUGCUCACGUAGGCAUGAGGUAGUUUAUGGUGACGUAUAUAUGCUGGACGACGAGAUGAAGUGGAAAGUUUUACCUCCCGUGCCAAAGCCCAACUCCCAUAUAGAAUGUUCUUGGGUUAUCGUUAACAAUUCCAUUAUUAUUGUGGGAGGUACAACAGAAAAGCACCCAGAAACAAAAAGGAUGAUCCUGGUCGGGGAGGUGUUCCAAUUUCAUCUAGACUCAUUGAAAUGGUCAGUGAUUGGAAAGCUUCCCUACCGUGUGAAAACCACAUUAGCUGGCUUCUGGAAUGGAUGGUUAUAUUUCACCUCUGGACAACGGGACAGAGGGCCAGAUAAUCCGACACCAAGGAAAGUCAUUGCAGAUAUGUGGAGAACGAGAUUGAGAUUGGCAUAGAAGAGUUUUCUUCUUUUUUCUUUUCUUAUCAUUUACAAACCCAUUGUAAACUUUUCAAAGCUGUUGCACUUUUGUUUCUUUUCCCUUUAGGGUCAGGUUAUUUUAUUACGUUAAUUAAAAAUUUUCAAUAACUCGAGUUACAUGCAGAAUUGUUUCACAUAUCAUUAUUAUUG